ACCUGCCCUGUGGGCGGGGGGCCACGGCGUGGGGGUCUCUGCUGUGAUCUGACCUCACCUGACCUCACUGCCUUCUGGGACUGAAAGUGGAUGGAAACCUCCCGGGUGUAAACAAACAAGCAAACAAACAAAACAAUGCGGUUGUGGUGGAUUUUACUGUCUGGGUUCUGGAGCGUCUGUGGGGAGCUGCCAUUUAUAGCGGAGAACAACGCGGCCAUGCUGGUCAACUGGAACGCCGUGGAUGGGAAUAAAAAGCUGUACGCCAUUUACGACACGAGCGUCAACGAGCCGGGAAACAUGUCGUUUGUCAAAGAAACUGUGGACAAACUGUUGAAAGGAUAUGACAUUCGUCUCCGGCCAGACUUUGGAGGUCCACCGGUUGCUGUUGGCAUGAGCAUUGAUGUGGCGAGCAUAGACAUGGUGUCAGAAGUUAAUAUGGACUACACCCUGACCAUGUACUUCCAGCAGUACUGGAGGGACAAGAGGCUGGCCUACGUGGGGAUUCCCCUCAACCUGACGCUGGACAACAGAGUGGCGGACCAGCUCUGGGUCCCAGACACGUACUUCCUCAAUGACAAGAAAUCCUUUGUGCACGGGGUCACGGUUAAGAACCGAAUGAUUCGACUCCACCCGGAUGGAACCGUCCUCUACGGACUCAGAAUCACGACAACGGCGGCCUGCAUGAUGGACCUGAGGCGAUACCCGCUGGACGAACAGAACUGCACUCUGGAAAUCGAAAGUUACGGGUACACCACAGACGACAUAGAGUUCUACUGGAAAGGGGGAGACACGGCCGUUACCGGUGUGACCCGGAUCGAGCUGCCUCAGUUCUCUAUAGUCGACUACAAGCUCGUCUCCAGGAACGUGGUCUUCUCCACUGGUGCCUACCCUCGCUUGUCACUGAGCUUCAAGCUGAAGCGAAACAUCGGAUACUUCAUCCUGCAGACAUACAUGCCCUCCAUCCUCAUCACAAUCCUGUCCUGGGUGUCCUUCUGGAUCAAUUAUGACGCCUCAGCUGCCAGAGUGGCUUUAGGGAUCACCACCGUGCUGACCAUGACAACCAUCAACACCCACUUGAGAGAAACCCUCCCCAAGAUCCCCUACGUGAAAGCCAUCGACAUGUACCUGAUGGGCUGCUUCGUGUUCGUUUUCCUGGCGUUGCUGGAGUACGCCUUCGUCAACUACAUCUUCUUCGGACGCGGCCCGCAGAUGCAGAAGAAGCUGGCUCUGAAGGCGCUGAAGGCAAACAAUGAGCGUGGCAGGUUUGACCGACCCAAGUCCAUUCUGGAGGGAGUCAACUGGAAGACCUCGUCGUCUCUGAAACAGUCCAAUCAGGUUCAGAGUCGCCGCCAGUCGCAUCAGGUCGACUCCCGCGGGAACGUUCUGCUGACGUCCUUGGAGAUCCACAACGAGGUGGGGAGCAACGAGGUCACCACCACCCUGAGCGAGACGCACAACUCCACCUCCAUGACGUUCGACAACUCGGGGGUCCAGUACAGGAAGCCCAGCGCGCCCAACGAAGCGGGCCGCCACAGCCUGGACAGGAACGCGCAGUUCAAAAAGACCCGCCUGCGGAGACGGUCGUCGCAGCUCAAAAUCAAAAUCCCUGACCUCACUGACGUGAACGCCAUCGAUAGGUGGUCGCGGAUUAUAUUCCCCUCCGCCUUCUCCCUGUUCAACAUCAUCUAUUGGCUUUAUUACGUCCAUUAACACACUGCGGUUUUGUUUUUCUUUUGGGCUUUUUUGUUUGUUUGUUUUUUUUUAAACCCAUCUUUGUCUCGUUCCGCUUCCGGAAUCGGAGAGAACGUUUCGACGCAACGCGCCUGACGUGGUGAAAAUCCCGAACAUUUCUGGGUGCAGCGAGCGCAGACUUUGGCCGAGAGAGCCGUCAUUCAGACUGUGCGACGUCACGUGGGCUUUUACCGCGGUGCGGGGGGGAAGUGGGGGAAAGACUUGCGUGUACAGACGGCCACCUUCUGUUGUGACCUCUGCAAACAGCUGGGAGAGGAAACAUCUUUGCACCGCUGGAGGCCUGUUGCUUGGACACCGAUGUUUUUAACGUGAUCGCAUUGUCGCAGGUGUCUUUACGACAGUGAUGCGGCUUUGUUUGUCUACAAGUCUUCACUUUGGCCAACGUGGACACUCCCGAUUUCCACCUGCAGACUAAAAUCUGUCUUAAUCUUUGGCUGUUUUGGAGAAAUAUUGUUGUUUGUAGCUCAGUUCAGGUGAAAAUCACUGAGGAGUCUUACAGUGCCUUGCAAAAGGAUUUAAACCCCCUCAAUGUUUCCACGUUUUAUCACAUUUCAACCACAGAUUCAAAUGUAUCAAUGUUUAUUUUAUGUGAUAGACCAACAUGCAAAAUUUUUUAACAUUUUAGGGAUGAGAGAAGCAACUUUGAAAAUCCACACGAUUCCAUCGUUUCUUGGAGUUCACGACGCCGUUUGUUCUCUCACAAACUUCUUCAGGGAACAGCUGGAUUCUUACUGAAAUUAAAUUACACACACAUGGUUUCUGUUUACUAACUAAGACUCCCGGUUGGACUGGACUCCAAUCUCAUUUAGGGCAUUAGUGUCGAUCUAUCACAUAGUCCCGGUAAAAUCAAACAAAGUUUGAGUGUGGCAUGUGAUGAAAGGUGAGAAGUUCAGGGAAGUUUGAACGCUUCUGCAAGGACAGGAGAGCCUGCAGCCUGUUGCGGCAAAACUGGAAUGGGGUGAGAGCCGGCAACAAUGUUGCCAAAGAUCCAAACGUUGCUUUAAAGCAUAUUCAUCGUUACGUUACUUAACCUUAAAAUUCCUACUGUUGUUACCGCAAGAAAGCGCGAUCACAGCCAGCACAUCACUCAAUCCUACUUUUCUCAUUCUCAUCCCGUCAGACAAAGAAAGCUUGGAAAUUUGUUUACAUUAAAAAAAAAUAAUAAUAAUAAUAAUAAUAAUAACUGAUGUCGAUCUGUGUUCGUAAAAAAAAAAAAAAAAAACCUUAGGUUUAAUUUGGUUUAUCUUACCUGAAACAAUUGAUGUCAUUGUGUAUUUGAUGCUAACUUACACUAUCUAACAUGUUUGUUCAACACCUAACAAAUAUAGCCUACACUUUUGCUUUGUGUAACAUACAACAUACUGCUGGAAAGGGAAGAUAUUUAUUAUUAAAAGAAUGCCAAGCCGACAGAAACCUAAACUAAAAUGUUUACCUGAAGGCAACUGGUAUAUAGCACUUCCAACAUUAACAUAUAUAUGUGAAAAUAUACUCUUUUUUUUUACCAAGAUUUUUUUUCUGACAAUCCAGUUAAGUAAACAGGGCUCUGUUAUGACUUGGACAAAAGGGAUAGGCCAUAAUUCACAUUGGAUGGAUAAAAGUGAAAUAAAAUGAGCAUUAUCUUCAUAACACCUUAAAGGUUCAUCAACCAGCCACAGGCUCCGCCCACAGGAAUACAAAAAUGAAACAAAGCAAUUACCUCUAACUCAAGUAAGCUCUUAUCAAUGUUUGAACGAUAAGAAAAAUAAAUAAGCAAUCACAGGAAUGAAAAAAGAACACUGAAAGCAAAAGGCAAUGCUCAAUUUGAUAGAAAACCAUUAAUAUACAACGUCUUGAUGGCGUUGCCAUUGCGUCUUCACGUGACUCCCUCCCGGCGCCCCUUAAUCCGGAAAUAGUAUUGUUUGAAAACCUCGACCGGGAAAAUCUUUGACACUGGAAAUUGAAAGCUAGGAAGGAGAUGACGGCUAUGUGCAGCCACGUCGAACCGCGAUGGUUUGUGCUGAAACCAAGAAGACACGUGUGUGUGUUUGCGUGUGAGCACGGACUUUGCUGUUGCACUAUGGCCGAGGUCGCGAGGGCUCCUCUGUCACACUUCCAAAGAGAAUCGGGCGUGAAAGCAAAAAAAAAAAAAAAAGAGUAGGAAGAGUAUUAUCAUCCAAUUUACAUAUUGGUUGUUAAUAUUAGCUCAGUCAGUAUCAAUCUGGCAGUGCCCAUAAGUUACAUAAUGACUAAUACCAGCUGAUACCGAUGUUGGUGCCGAUGUAUCGUUCAAAUCUCAACUAAUAAUGGAAGUAAAUAAAGAUGAAUUUACUCCUUUCCCAAGUCAAACAGAAAAAUCCUUUCAAUAAAACCUUCAAUUAUCUUUUGUACUGUUAACAACUCUGGACAAACAGCUGGCAACGCAUCAGGCUUUGAUUAGACCACAAAAAAGUUUUGGUUAAGAGCUAAAGCUCUGACUGGUCUGUCUUCUUAUAUCUAGAAUGAGCUUCUUGUUUUAAUGUGAAGCUCCAUAAACAGACGUCUGGCUGUAAAAAAAAAAUAAAUAAAAAUGCUACUUUUUUUCUUUUUUUUUUACUAAAUGUUGGGUUCAUAUGAAAAACAAAAACUUGAAAUGAUUUCCCAGUUUUGUCAUCAUGCUUUCUGUACCAAUCUGUUCUUGAUAUUUUUGUUGAAACCCUCAUUUACAGCGAACUUCACACUGGACUUUUCUUUCUUUUUGUCUCGUCGCAUGGCGUUCGAGAGGUGACCGGGGUCGUCGUUUCAAAACACUUGUCCUCAAGCUGUUUCCCUUGCAGUCUGGAUGUACAUGCUGUGACAUUUUCUUUCAACUCACUCUGGCUAUGUUGUCAUCAUUGUUUUGCUCAGUGAUUUCCAGCCUCGCCUUUCGUUUUGGUUAGUCCUCGCGAAGUAUUACAAUUUCCUGGCUGUGAUUGAAAAAUAUAAAAAAUAAUGAUAAUUUUUAAAAA